AUGAUACCUCAGUAUAUGUCCGAACACGGUCUUCAAGCCACUCGUAUACAAAACCUCAAAAUGUGCACAAUUCCGUUGUGGAUUUUUUCUUCUUUUGCUGUCAGAAAUGUAAUAACUGACUUCCAUCCAAGUAUCUCAGGAGGUCUUUGGGUUCCAGAUAUGCUUGUGCCUGAUCCAUAUUUCAUUCUGCCUGUUGCUGUGGGAUUAUUCGGAUUUUUGAACUUAUAUUCGCAACGUAAAAUUUACCCUAUGGCGAUGAAAACCUGGAAGACGAAGUCGUACGAUUUUUCUUUGGGCUUUUUCACAUGCUUUGCCAUGGUGAUCAUGUGUCAACUACCAGCGAAGCUCUUCGGCAUCAGUCGACUCCCAACCGAUUCACGAACUCCGUUUAGAGAUCUGUUGCUGUUAAGACCUAAGCAGUCAUGA